GAGGAAGAGCCAUGGAUAAAAGAAACAAAAAAACUUUUAGGGAACGAAAGCUUCUACUUCAGCAUCAGUAGUGGAACUGGAGAAGCUAUGGACCUCACUUUGUGUGCUCAGCGUCGUUCAAAAACUAGCCGAACUGAUAACAGAUUUUUUUGGAACCGUAUGUUGCACUUGCAUCUAAAAAGAUUUGGAGUGGAUUGUCAACAGUGGCUGAUAAAGAUUAUGUGCGGGAGCAUUGAAUUUUCUUCCAUGUAUAUGAAUAAUCACACACCAAAAGUACUCAUCAUAUCAAGACUUAGCUGUGAAAGAGCUGGAACAAGAUUUAUGGUUCGUGGAGUAAAUGAUGGCGGCCACGUAGCAAACUUCGUUGAGACUGAGCAGUUUAUCUACAUUGAUUCAAUGGAUGAUUUGAUUCUCUCAUAUGUCCAGACCCGUGGUACAGUUCCUCUCUUCUGGGAACAACCAGGACUAAAUGUAAGUUAUUUUAAAAAUGUCCCAGGGUAACCAGAAGUGUCUGUUCAAGCAUUCCAAAAGCACAUGCGUUUCUUGAGGGAGCGUUACGGUCAGCUUGUGAUCAACCUUCUGGGAACUGGAGUAACUGGACGCAGCCAGAGAGCGGCACUUUCUCACGUCUUUCAGAUUCAGCAUCUUAACUGCCCUUGGAGUAAAGACUCUCCGCAUGUAGUGUUUGAUUUCCAUCAAGAGUGUAAAGGUGGUGGGCCAGAGGUUUUGGAAAAAAAACUCAAACCAAAUAAAGAGCAGAUUGAGGGAUAUGGUUAUUUUUGCUCAAGAGGUAACAAAGUUCAGUCGAUGCAACAAGGGACGAUACGAACAAACUGCUUAGAUUGCCUUGACAGAACUAAUCGUGUACAGUCAUACCUUGGUUUAGACAUCCUCCAGAAGAUGCUAGAGUAUUUAGGUGUAUCAAAUAAUGGAGUGAUUGUCCAGCGCUUCAAUACAAAGAUGGAAGAGAUGUGGAAAGACAAUGGUAACAGAAUCAGUCAGAUAUAUGCUGGAACAGGAGCUCUCCAGGGAUCAAAGCUUAUUGAUGGAGCACGUUCUGCAGCCAGAACUAUCCAGAACAAUUUGUUAGACAGCAGUAAACAGGAAUCCAUAGACAUUCUGUUACAUGGGAACCUAUUGAAUAACUAUCUAGCAGCACUCUCAAGAUCAUUACUUCCAACUAGCUACCUCUAUGCUCCCAUAAAUGUACUUCGUCAUGUGUGUCAGAGGAGCGAGGAAUAUACUGCAUCCAUACCUCUGCGCGUUGCUGUCGGAACAUACAAUGUUAAUGGAGGGAAACACUUCCGAAGUCUUGCGUAUAAGCAUCUCUCUUUGGAUGACUGGUUGCUGGAUUCAAAGAGAAAUGCUGUCCAGAGCUCUUUAGUGGAUACAACUCCUGAAGAGGAAGAUAGAGACAUUCGUCCGCCUGACGUCUUUGCAAUUGGGUUUGAGGAGAUUGUGGAUUUGAAUGCUACAAACAUUGUCCAGAAUACUCAGUGGUCAGAGAAUGCAGCUUCUUGGGGAAAGGAACUACAAAAGGUCAUCUCCAGAGAUGAGAAAUUUGUAAUGGUUACUUGGUCACAACUGGUAGGAGUAGCGUUAUUUGUGUACGUAAAUGAAAAACAUGCUAAUCAUAUUCGAGGAGUAUCUGUAGAGAGUGUAAAAACAGGCAUGCAAGGAGCUACAGGAAACAAAGGUGGAGUUGGCAUCAGAUUAGUUGUCCGCAAUACGUCGAUGGCUUUUGUUUGCUCACAUUUUGCUGCUGGUCAGAAAGAAGUAAAUGAAAGAAAUAAUGACUAUGAUAGUAUUGCAAGAAAGCUUAUAUUUCCCCUUGGUGUUCCUCUUUGGGCUCAUGACUAUGUCUUCUGGUGUGGAGAUUUUAACUAUAGAAUAAACCUUACACGUGAAGAAGUCUUAGAUUAUGUACAAAGAAGAGAAUGGAAUGUGUUGCUUCAAUAUGACCAACUAAAGAUAAGCCAUGGUGAAGGAAAAUGUUUCAAAGGAUUCUUGGAAGGAGAUCUCACAUUUGCACCAACAUACAAAUAUGACCUCUUCAGCGAUGAUUACGACACAAGUGAAAAGUCGCGUAUACCGGCAUGGACAGACAGAGUGUUGUUCUGGAGACGACAGUAUGCAAAAGACAAGGAUAAUCCAAAAUGGUCCCCUGGUAAAAUAAUUCAUUAUGGUAGAGCCGAGUUGAAACAGAGUGACCAUCGUCCAGUCUUAGCAGUGAUUGAUGUAGAGGGAUGCACAGUUCUUGACAGCAAACUUACAAGUACAUAUGAGUCUGUAGUGGCAUCAUUAGGACCAUCUGAUUGCACUGUAGUUGUUCAGGUAUGUAAUACAUCUGUACAAAAUCUACCUGCUGGAGCUGAUACAGAUGAAGUGUUUGAUGAUGAGACUUUGGAGGCAGUUCAAGAAGCAAUGGGCACAGUUGGCUCUGUCGUUUUGGUUCGCUUUGUUGACAAUAAAGUGUGGUUUACUUUUAGUGACUCCCAGACAGCUUUAAAGGCAGUGGCACGUAGCCCAGGCCCAUUAAAGAUUGGGAAACAUGAGCUUGCAGUGAAGCUAAAGACAGAAGCCUGGAGAGAAACAGUUUAGAACGAAGAACUGGCACUCUGUGGGGAUACAACUGUACCCCUUACUGAUGAAGUCUUGAAUAUUAAUGAGAGUGAGGAAUCAUUUAGCAUCAGAAACAUUGCAGGUGCUCUCGAGAAAUUAUACCAGUCAGAAUCUGGACACGAGGAUGAUGGAGUUGAAGAAGUUAUAGAACAGCAGCGUGCCCCAGCUCAACCAACAAGACCCCCGCCUCCACGCCCUACUCCAUCCAGACCACCACCUCCACGUCCUACUCCCCCAGGGUCUCCAGCUACUGCCCGAACUCAACCUCAGGGACCAAAGGUCAUGGUUAUAACAAAACCUACACAGCCCCAAAAAGCAAGCCAAGCAAAUACAAGUCCAGCAGUCAGUGAACAGAAAGAAAUGAAAAGCGAGAUUGUGGACAAACCACCUGUUCCUAACUUACCUAACUUACCCUCUCAUAUGCCUUCUGUACCUCCGAGAUCACCAUCUCUAGAAAGCCCAACAAAAAGUUCAUCUGCCUCUGAGAUAGCUUCUCCUGCUCCAACUAUGAGUUCAAUAUUUGGUGCUCCUGCUCCUAUGCCUUCUGAGUGUCCAUCUCAAACUACUGAAGGACCGUUCACUUCGCCUUUUGGUGCUCCUCCUCCUGCCCCAGAAAUUGGUUCAUUUGAAAGCCAGCCAACAACUGAAUCCACUGUCAAGCAGUCUUCCAGUUCACCAUUUGGUGCUCCUCCACCCCAGCCAUCUAAUUCACCAUUUGGUGCUCCUCCACCCCAACCCUCAAGUUCACCAUUUGGUGCUCCUCCACCCCAGCCAUCUAAUUCUCCAUUUGGUGGUGCUCCACCCCAACCCUCCAGUUCACCAUUUGGUGCUCCCCCAUCAUCUGAAGACACCUCAUCACCAGCACCCACCAAACCUGCACCUGGUCCUCCUAGUGGAGCAGCUCCUUCAUUGCCUUCAGAUUUGUCAGAACCACCAUCAGGUCCUCCACCACCUCUGCCUACAAAUGAGAGCGCAGGCCCACCCGUGGGGCCACCCCCAACACUACCAGCGCGAAGUUUACCCCCAGUACCAAACAGGGCUGGUGCUGGUCCAAGACCUCCCUUGCCAUCCAGAAAUCUUCCCCCUGUUCCUGCUCGCAAUCUCCCACCUGUACCACCAAGAAAGUAAGUGAUUAAAGUCUUUUGAACUAGUCAAGUACAGUUGUUUAGAAACUAAUUAUGAAAAUAGAAAAUUUAUUUUGUAUAUGAUUCUAGUGUAUUGUUAUGUAAUUUGAAAGUAUAGUUUGUAUGCAUUGCAAAAGUAUUGUGUAUAUUGUUUUUUUAAGUUUAAUUUUACAGUAAUUAUUUAUGAUUUAAUUUAUAUGCUGUAAUUGUUACGCUAAGUGGGAUUAAGUGAUAAGUAUUCUUUAAUGACCAUUUAUCAAUUUAGGAUUAGUGUACAACGAGUGAAGUAGCAAAUAUUAUGCUGUAGGUACUGUUUGUUAAUUGACAUGUUAGGUAUUCUGUGUAAUAUAUGAAAUCAGGGAUGCAAUACUUAUCACAGUAUUUGUAUUCCAUAUGAAAUGUAUAUUUACGUGAUUUGUUGUCUUGUCUAUAAUAGAAGUUACAUAAUCCUUGAAAAACACAUUUUGAAACAUGCCAAAGGCAUUCACAGACUUAUCAAUCACAUCUGAAGUCAAAUAGGAAGUGUAGAUAGUGUUAACAGAAAUUUGUGUAUUGUCAGCACAAAAUAAUAUCAAAAUUAUGGAAAUCUACAAUAAGCAUUGCAAAAUGCCAGUAAGUAAAACAUUUUCAGUGAGAGAUGCCUGUAACUGUAGUUGUGUGCAAGGUAAUAAGAGAAGGGCACUUUAUAGUACACUGUCAAUUUCUGUAUGUGAAGGCCCUUUUAUUUAGGCAUGGAAAAUGUUGACAAGGAAAGCUUUUUCUCAUAUUUUCUUCCUUUAUCUAAUAUUUUGAUGUCUGCAACUGUAUUUCAUAGUAUUUCAUUGCUAUGAAUCGUAUAGUAGGCUGUUUCUCACAGAUGAAUAGAUAAAUAUGCAAGGUAAUUUGAUUUGCCUACAUUUUUAUUUAUCCAAUGGUCGAUACUGCAGGUAUGUUACUAGGAUUUUUCAUUAUGUCGAGAUAAUUAAGAUUCCUUUUUCUUGGUAAGUUAUUUAUUAUGAAAAGUGUAGACUGUGAUAGCCUACAGUCCUGUGCAAUACUUUUUUUGUUUUUCAAAAUAUUUUAAAUGUCUGCUCUAUUGACCGUGAUCCUUAGGCUGGUUUAAUGAAAAUGUAUAUUGUAUUAUGUUUAUUUUUUACUAUGUGAUUUUGAUACUUAGAACUCUGAUCUCAAAGAUCCAAGUUUGGGACCCUGAAGGAUUUUCAUCUUUUAAAAAGAACAGAAGAUAAAAAAAGGUAAAAGACAAUUUAUUUGCAUAGCCAACAAUAAAAAUCUUGAGUAUAUUGUUAGGGCAACCAUAUAAACAUUAAACUAUGGACUCUAGUUAGCAUCUUGGCCCUCUCAUAACGGCGAGGUCAUUUUUCAUUUAUGACAAUAAUUGAUGCUAAUGCUUGUAACCCAUUGACAGAUAUAUGUAGUCAUUUUUGUUAAAAACAAACUUGUUCAAUUCAUGCUCAGUUAUUUUUCAAAUUAAGAGAAUUCCCAUAUGGAAUAAACCAAAAUGGCCAUUUAUGUGAUGUAUGUAUUUUUUUGCAUACAUAUGUAUAUAGAUAUGUAUAUAGAUAUGUUUAAGAUUAGAUAGAAACAAACCUUUUGGGUAUUUUGGUUAAACUGAUUUUCAGCAACCAAAGUUAAGAGUAAAGGGAGAUAUAAUACAUUAAUAAAAGUAACAAGUAAAGAUAAACAAACAAACGAGUUGAGAUUCAGUCGGAGGAAGCUUGAGAGCAGAUGCAGUGGAAGGACCUGUACUGAGAAUUCUAACUAUGGAGCCUUGACAGAACAAGGAUACUCUAUGAAACAGUUUGCUCCAAUCUCAGAGGACAGUCACUGGGGACAAGAGCAGAGGUUUCCUUGGCAGUGGUGCCAGACAUCUAUUAUUACAUGAUUUCCAUAGUUGAAUUCUGCCUUCUUAGGUUAUAUUUAUGUCUUUGGGAUAGAAAUUUACUGUUUUAUCCAUGAGUAAAUAGCAAUGCUCUCAGUAUCAGAGAUGAAGGUUCCUAAGGUAUUUUACGUACUGUAGUCGAUGUCAGGUAACGCACUUAGGUUGAGGGUGUUUUAAACAUAUUUCAAGGUUAAUUUUUAUUCACUUUGCGGUCCAUCACUUUCAGAACUGCUGACCUGGAUAUCCAAACAUGACAUUCAUUACUAGAGGUUUGUUUGCCUCCUUGGUUUACCAAUGAAUUGCUGUCAUUGAUGAGUUUAUAUGAUCUAUUUUCUAUUAAUAAACUUCCAGUGACUUACUUGACACAUAAGAAGAUUGGCUAUAUUCACUAGGAGAAGAAAGAAACUCAUGCUUUCUGAGAUGCUAGUAUUCUGUACGUAUAGAACUCCUAACUUUAGUUCAGGUGAACUACCUUAAGUUUGUUUAUUAUGAUAAAAUUUUUAUCUAAAAUAGAAUUUUUUCCCAACUUACUUGAAAUUGCAGUCAGUCAGGGUUACUUGUUGUUGGCACACAAUUUUGUUCCAGGAAAGUUGAUAAACUUUGAUGAAAUUCUUUCAUGAAAAUCCUUUAUCAUCACAAAAUCCAGUAAAUCCAGUACAAAAUAACUACGUACAUAAUUAUUUUGCUGUAUAUUUUAGCAUUUUGGAAUUUAUUUCUAAUUUAUAUAAGAAUUAUGCUUAAGAGUUAUUUGUUUGUUGAAUAAAUGGAAAAAAAAGUAUAGGUGAAUUUUUUUAGUGAAGCUAUAACUUUUUGAAAGGAGAAAGCUUUUUUGUAUUUGCUUCUCAGCCUAUGAUGUAUUUGAACAGAUACGAAGGAGUCAUAAUGUAAGGGUUGCUUUUGUUUAAGUCUUAUGUGUUGCAUUUAGUUCAUGCAUUUGUAUUAAGCUAAAGGUUGGUUAUGCCUUCCAAUUUAAUGAGUGUAUUUUUACAUGGUAUUAUGUAGAUAUACAGUAUUUCCUUGGAGUUAACACACUCUCUUGUUCAGUUUCUGUUUGAUUUUCUAUUUAGUUAUGAAUUCAGUUCAGUGUCUUGUUAAACUGUUGAGUAUUAGUAUAUAUAAUCAUGAAAUGUUCAGAGAAAAUUGUAUGUCUACAUAAAAUUGGUAUGAUUUUUGCAUUGUUUGACCAUGUAUUAACCAGUGACGGGCAAAUUAAUGCCGAUGCUAAUCCACCUGAAUGGAAUUUGAUGAAAACAAGGGGUAUAGAAAAAACACUGGAGCCUGUACCUUGAAGGAAGUGUCAAGUCCAUCCUUUAUAUGAAUAUCUCAAGUAUCCUUUUAAAGUAGCCCUUUGAGAGGGGUUAAUUUCAGUUCUGUGGCCUUGUUGAAACUACUUAUUGCCGUUUUUAAAUUACUUUUAAAAAUUUUAAUUACAAAAUUAAAAGCACAGAAAUAAUAUUUAUCAGGGUGGAAUAUUUUUUCUGUUCAUGAAAUUUUUGUGUUAACCAUAGAAGUCAAAAGUCAUAUUUAGGUUUUGGAUGCAAUACUACAAUCCUUGCAUCAUUGCAGUCAAUUUCUUUCCUUCACAUAAGUGAUAUUUGCUUGCAUGGGGGAUGUCCUUAUACAAUUGAAAGAUGCAAUGUAAAUACUGGUGUGUGAAGUGUGAAUCAUACCAAUUUUGACACAGUUUCUCAUCAGAAUUUCAGUAAGCUUCAGCAGGGAAAUAUGUGGCAGAAUUUUUAAAAUUUCUUUUUCACACCAAGGGCCAUUUCACUUGUUAAUUAUGUUUUCCAUCUCACUUUUACUGCAACUAAUGUGGCUGAGUCUUAAAAAUGAGUUCUGUCUUGAAGGAGACUUCAUUGUUCGUUGGGUAUUUUCUUGUAGGAUAUUUUAGUCGCCUGUCCAAAGUUCUAAUAUUUCUGCCUACCCGAGGUACUUUUGUCUUAAUGCAGGAUUUAUUUGUGUAAUGAAAACUCUAAACGACUGCGAGUAUAUUUAUUUAAAGAGAACACCCUGUGCCAGUGUAGUUUAUAUUUUGUCAUUUAGUUUUUAAUUUUUAUGUAAAGGGUAUUAAGUUAUAAUGAGUUAGUCUGCAAUUUAUAUAUUGUACAUUAAAGUAAUGAUUAUUUCAUUAUAAGUUAACUUGAAUGAAAGGCAUGAUACCAUGUUUCUUGUUAAUUCGCUGGUAAAAGGUCAUUCUUGCUGGAAAGUGAAAAAUCCUUCAGAAGUUCAUCAGUGCUUGUAAUGUUUUCUUAUAACUGGAGUUUGUUGUUACCCCAAGAACUGACACAUAGAAAUGAUUUUCCAUUUGUUAAGUUGUAUAAAUAAUUUACCUAAUGCUCAUGCAAUUCAGUUAUUUUUUAUCAUGUAUAUUUGAAUAAAAGUGGAUAAUGAGAGGUAUUACAUUAAUACUUAAAUUUGGAUAUUGAUGCAGUCUUGGGUUUCACUUUGAAUGUAUAAGUUUUUUAUGUCAAUUGUUAUGUUGAGGUACCCAAACUGUUUACCAAAAGUAAAUGCAAUUUCUGUCAUUCAGUGUUCAGUAAACAUGUUGGUGGUAAAUACAUGGAUUGCAAGAGUGAAAUUUGUACAAUAAUUGCUAAAAUACAGCAAGUUAUAUUUUGUAUUUAAAGUGUAUUUUAUAGUAUAUUUUGGUCUACAAGAUUGCAAGGGCGGUGACAAAUUUACUGUAAUUAAAAAUGGAAUUUUUGUGUCAAUCAUGAAAAUGAUUGGGGAAUUUCAAUAUUGUCGUUCUCUGCUGUGAUAGAAGUAAAAGAUUUGCAAUUAAAGGACAUGUAACACCAUUAUCAGUUACCAGUUGAAAGAAAAAUGCACUGUACGUACUUGGUUUGUGCUCUGUAUUGAUAUUGAUAGACUUGUGCUUCCUGAUUGUAAUUUCAUUGUAUAUAUCAUAUCCUUAUCCAGGAGCAUGAGAACCUUGUUGAAAAUUGUUGUGUGUGGAAGAUUUCAUGUUAUGGACAAGCCCUGUGUACAUAAGGUGACACUUGCUUUUAUCAUAUCUUUAGUAAUAGUCCUUAAAGUUGCCUUUGAAAUGACCAUGGCAUAGCCAAUACUUAAAAUACUUCAUAUUUGUCAGUUAUGUGUUUGGGAGGAGAGAACAUUGACAUGCUUUUUGUAAUUGAUGCUUCUUACAAGUUUAUUUAGUUUUUUUAUUUGAAUAUUGGGUUGCAUGAUGUUUUUGGAUAGUACUUUAGUUAUCUGGACUUUGGACUAAUGCUGUUGUUUUUUCUACCAAAAUUUUUUUAUAAUAAUAAUGUUAAGUGCUUGAAAAAGAAACCCACAAAAUCACUGAGUAACGUGUUUACGUACUUCUAAGUACGUAUUUACAUUUAAUUUUACUCCACACUCAAGUACUUUCAGGCCCUAUCUGCAGCCCAUUUUCUAGAGAUGUUUGGGUUGUCAGCCUGGGUCAAGGCCCAGCAGUCUUUCAGAAGACUGCUGGGCCUUGACCCAGGCUGACAACCUACACAUCUCUUGAAAAUGGGCCACAAAUAGGGCCUGAAAGUACUCGAGUGUGGAGUAAAAUUAAAUGUAAAUGCUUAGAAGUGAGCACGUUACACAGUGAUUUCGUGGGUUUGUUUUUCAAUCUUCAGAAGAAAACUGGAAUUAGUUUUUGUUUGUUAAGUGCAUUAUUUGUGGAUAAAAUUUAUCUGGGAAAGUAGACUGUAGAGAUGAACUUGCCUUGAACAGAUCAUAAAAUUUAUCUGGGUAAGUAGACUAUAGAGAACUUACCUUUAACAGAUCAUAAAGUUUAAUCAAGAUAGAGGUUGAUAGAGGUUUGCAACUUGUAGUUAGCAUUUUCUUCAGUUACCUUCAUCUUCCACAGAUGAGUUUUAACUAAACUACACAGGUUUUUAUAAAUUUUAAUGUGAAAAGUGUGAUAGGCAAGGACAUUAUCAUGAAGUCAGGACAACACGGUAUCCAUAUAUUUUUUUAGUAAUAUUUUAUAUAGGAUCCUGAUGGUCUUCUGAACGUUUCUGAAUCAUUUCAAUAGUGCUUUUCAGCCAACAGAGACUUCAUAUAGUUGGAUGUUGUUAUACGGGCGAGGUCAUAAAGUAAUAUGAAACUUAGUAGGAUUGCAUAAUCUGUAAUGGACACGCUUCACUAAAUCAUUUAAACGUUGACUGGGUAAUGAGCAUUUUAAAUGGGACACUGUAAUUGACCAUAGUCAUAUUUAAAAAAUUUUGAUAUAGUUCAUGGUGCUCUCUGGCUUAGGAGUAUCCAGUAUUUAGCUGUCGAGUUAACAGUUGGUAUGACCAGUAUUUAGCUGUCGAGUUAACAGUUGGUAUGAAAAUUGUUCAUUGAAGUGCCUGAUCCCUUUCAUGAUGGUAAUCAAAUUGAAAAAAGGUUACAUUACUGAUGUUACCACUUCUAUACAAAAAUGGGUACAGAGCCUAGUGACUAUGUUGAAAUAUUAUUUUAACCAUUAUCCAUCAAAUAUACUGACUGAAAAUGAUCAGAUAUGUAGUAUCAGUGAAAAACAUUGUUCAUGACCCAGGUAAGUUUGGGUAUGUCUGUAUCAUUCAAAGGGGAUACAUAUUUAGUUUUGGGGGGACUUGUGGUUCUGGUACUGUACAUUAUUUAUAUCCUUCAGUUUUAUUAAUCAAUUAUUUUGAAUUAAAGGUAAAUGCAGGUCUCUCCAUGUACAUUUGGUUACGUACUGUGAUUGUUGUGAAAAUGUAAUUAAAGCAAUUAGGUAAUGUAUAAAGAAAUGUAUAGAAGCUA